GUGAAGAAACCACCACAUGAUGAUGAACAAACUGCUCUGCAACCAGAUCAUAAUCGUGUGAGCGUCGGUAAUGGCAGUGAACCAGCAGGAAGUGAAGGCCCAGGGAGUACGUCAUCCACAGCAGGUACUGUAGACUCAGAGAGAUCACAACAAAACACCCAAGAAGGACAGGCAAAAGCACCACCUGAAGGCACAACCUCAUCUGGAGACGGUGGUUCCAACAACACCAACCUACAAACUCCGUCGGAAGGUGCAGAU